AUUUGUUACAAUGGUUAUAACCUCAAAAUUGUGACGUUUGAUUACACGAUAUACCGAACUUAUACUGAAAAUGCCUGAUAGUGAUCAAUUAAUUGUUUCAUUUAGAGCAUUAGGUUUAAGUGAACAAAAAGCUAAAGAAACGUUAAAAAAUGCGACCGUCACAAAUAAUUUAGUUUCAAUUUUAAACGAGAUUCGUGGCAUUGCUCUAACAGAUGGUACAGGUAUCUUACUGUACCAUUUGGCUACAAAGAUGAAGCCACAAAUAGGCCAUCAUGUUCCUUUAAUUGUUAAAUAUAUAAUCAGCAAACAACUGGAUUCAACACUACGUAUUGAUAAGGCAAUAGAAUAUGCCCUUUCUCAUAUAAACGACAUUAUAUUAGACGAUUUUGAAAAACAUUGCGGAGUGGGCAUUGUCGUAACUCCCGAUGAAAUAGAGAAGGUUGUUGAAAAACAUAUAAAAGAGAACAAGCAAGAUCUUUUAGAAAAAAGGUACCAUUUUAAUGUGGGGGUUUUAAUGCAGAAAGUUAGAUCUGAAAUACCUUGGGCUGAUGGAAAAGCUGUAAAAAAUGAAAUCGAUUUACAGAUAUUCGAUUUGCUGGGACCAAAAACUGAAGCCGACUUGGUUCCUUUCAAAGUUGACAAAAAAGCGAAAGUAACCCGGAAAAAGGAGGCACCUAUCACAAAAACAGUUGAAAAUGACAAAGAAAAUUUAAAUGUUGAUGGCUGUAAUCCUACCACAAUACUUGAUGUUAUGAAAAAGAUAAACUUUCAUGCUCCUGGGGAAAACUAUAAGACUGAUGGUUAUGUAGUUACUAAAAAUACUCAUAAGCUGCUAGAGAAACACCUGCAAAUAACUGGUGGUAAGGUACGCACACGUUUUCCUCCAGAACCAAAUGGUAUUUUACAUAUUGGUCAUGCAAAAGCAAUAAAUAUUAACUUCGGCUAUGCUGCCGCCAAUAACGGGCUGUGUUACUUAAGGUAUGAUGAUACCAAUCCAGAAAAAGAAGAAGAAAAAUUUUUUAUAGGAAUUCGGGACAUGGUGGAAUGGCUGGGUUACAAACCUGCUAAAAUAACACAUUCGUCCGAUUACUUCGAUCAAUUAUAUAAAUGGGCAGUUGAAUUAAUAAAAAAGGGUCUGGCAUAUGUAUGUCAUCAAAGCGCUGAAGAAAUGAAGGGGUUUAAUCCGCCCCCCUCGCCCUGGAGAAAUCGUCCAAUUGAUGAGAGUCUUCAGCUUUUCCAAGACAUGAAAAAUGGUAAAAUAGACGAAGGAGCAGCAACUUUAAGAAUGAAAUUGACCUUGGAAGAAGGAAAGUUGGACCCUGUAGCCUACAGGAUACGUUUUGUGCCCCAUCACAGGACUGGAGAUUGUUGGUGUAUUUAUCCAACAUAUGACUACACUCAUUGUCUUUGUGAUAGCAUAGAGAAUAUAACGCACUCCUUGUGUACAAAAGAAUUUCAAUCUAGACGGUCCAGUUACUACUGGUUGUGCAAUGCCUUGGAUAUUUACUGUCCUGUACAAUGGGAAUAUGGACGCCUAAACAUGAAUUACACUGUUGUUUCGAAAAGGAAAAUAGCCAAACUUAUCACUGAACAUGUUGUGAAGGAUUGGGAUGAUCCUCGUCUUUAUACAUUGACCGCGUUAAAAAGAAGAGGAUUUCCUCCAGAAGCAAUAAACAAUUUUUGCGCGCAAUUGGGGCUCACCGGUGCCCAGAGUUCGGUCGACCCCUCCAUGUUGGACGCCUUUGUAAGAGACCAUCUUAACGUAACAGCUCCAAGACGUAUGGUUGUGCUGGAACCGUUACAAUUAGAAAUUGAAAAUUAUCCCCAUGAAGGUCCAGUUGAAGUAUCAGUGCCUAAUUUUCCUGCAAAACCAGACUUAGGUUCUCAUCAGGUGUUGUUUGAUAAAAUCAUUUUUAUUGAAAGGAAUGACUUUAUGGAGGUGGCUGAAAGGGGCUAUCGUAGACUGGCACCAAAUCAACCUGUCGGCCUUAGACACGCUGGCUACGUUUUAGAGGUAGUAAGCGUAAAAAAGGACGGCGAUUGGGUAGAAAAAGUAAUUUGCAAGUGCACAGAAGUUGACAAAGUUACUUCUAAACCAAAGGCUUUCAUUCAUUGGGUUAGCAACCCGAUUAAUAUCGAAGUGCGUCUUUACAAACCCUUGUUUAAGCACAAAAAUCCAGAAGAUCCAGUCGAAGUUCCCAAUGGUUUUCUGAGUGACUGUGAUUUGGACUCUUUGACAGUUCUCGAGAGCCUUGCCGACAAGUCGUUAAUGUCUUCUAAAAUAUAUGACAAGUUCCAGUUCGAAAGGGUUGGAUUUUUCUCAGUAGAUCCAGACACCAAACCAACACAAAAGAUUGUUUUUAAUUUGACAGUCGGUCUGAAAGAGGACGCCGGAAAAUAGUAUAUAGGAAGGGGAAAGUGUGCCUUAAGACUUUGUUUAAAAUGCAUCUAUUUAAUCAAUUAAAUUAAAAAUAGAAAAUUAAACGAUUGAAUUUUCUACCAUUAAAUUGAUUAUAGUUUCGUUUUAAAGAUAACGUUGAAGAUUUAAAAACGGAGCAAAUAAAAAUUAUUUAACGCA